CAAUUAAACGUCAAUAUCAAAGGCCCGAGAAUAAUGUUUCUUGUUUACUUAAUUUAAUUGUCUCAAUGUUUCAUUCCUUUAAUUGUUCAUCUGAUACUAUUGAUAAAUAUCACUAAACUGAUCAAUCUGAUUAACUUGAAUUCUGUUUCAUUUUGUCUGGUUAAUUGUUGAUUAUCGCUCAUUCGGUUCUCUGGAUAUUUGGAUUGUCAAAGAUUUUUGUUUACUUUUUGUGAAUUUGUUUUGGUUUUGGUUUUCGGUUUCUCAUCUUGAGCAAUUGGAUUAACUCAAAAUGGUUCCUCCAAUUUCACCAAAUUUUACCAAAUUAAAGACUAAUCUUAGAUUAUCAAUCCAAAGAUUAAGGUUACUUGGUAAAAAGAAAACCUCAUUAACUGAAAAAUCUCGCAAUGAAAUCGGUCAAUACAUUUUCACUGGUAAAAUUGAUCGAGCUCGGAUUCGAGUUGAACAUAUCAUAAGAGAGGAUUAUCUGGUUGAAGCAUUUGAAAUGCUCGAAAUGUAUUGUGAUCUAUUGAUUACCCGAUUUGGAAUGAUUGAACAAAUGAGAACCGUUGAUGAAGGUUUGGUUGAGGCCAUUUCGUCAAUCAUCUGGGCAGCACCAAGAGUCGAGGGAUGUCAAGAACUGAAAGUUGUCGCCGAUCUUUUGUCCAAGAAAUAUGGGAAACAAUUCGCAAUCGCCGCUCGAGAAAACUCACUUGGAAGAGUCAACAAGAAAUUAGCUCAUCGAUUGGGUGUUGAGGUUCCUCCCAAAGUAUUGGUGGAAAAAUAUUUAGUCGAGAUUGCAAAAAGCUUGGAUUUAGCUUAUGAACCCGAUCCGAAUAUUCUGAAUGAGAAAAACCUCAACAUGGUGGACCGAUUCCUGUUAGACCUCGAAUCGGAUGACCCAAGUCCCGCUCUGGUUCCAUCGCCUUCCCAUGGAGAUUCCAAUGGGUCAACAUCAACCAUUCAAUCCGAAGACGAUGUUAACAACACGAGCGACAAUUUAGAUGAUAUUGAAAAUGUUUUACCACAAGUUCCAACCUCAAUUCCUCAACUAUCUCAACAAAAAGAUCACAAUAAACCGGAAGCAAUUCAGAUGAAAGCGGAUGCAGAAUUUGAAGAAUUGACAAAAAGAUUUGAAGCUCUGAAAAGAUCAAAAUGAAUCGAUUCAAAUUAAUAUAAUCACUUGUUACCUUUUUAUCAAUUAUCUUGUUAUCUGUUGAUAGUUAAUUACGAUUCUUAGUUACACCAAACAAAUUUGAUUCAUUUAAUUAUCUCCCAAUGGUUUACUUUUCAUAUAAUCAUAAUACUUUAUUACCAAAAUUGUCACAUAAAUCAAGUCAACAAUAAAUUGUACAAACCUGAACAAUGGACAAUUAAACACAAUCUCACAACAA